AUGGGGGUAGCCUGGGAUAACUGGGCAUGGCAAGUUUUUAAAAAAAUAAGGACAGCUCUCGGCUGCUUCCUGCUGUUCUCGCGGUAUUUUGAACGGAGACCAACGGACGAGCGGUCGAGGCGCGGAUCCGCUGUGCUGAGGGCUCGGAGCGGAGAGACCUGCUUACUGGCGGAGUUUGAUCAUUGCUUUGAGGAUGUUCAGGUUUUUUUUAAACGUCCUGAAAAUGAAAAACACGUGGUUGACCUGCGCUCGGACGAAGAGGACGCCUUGAGAGGGAGGACAGUUCCAGCUAAAGAGCCCUUUGAUAAGCAGUACAGAUGUGGAGCGCCCUUGGGAAAGGGCGGUUUCGGCUCAGUAUUCGCUGCUGAGAGGAUCUCGGAUGGUUUACAGGUUGCAGUCAAACAAAUACUCCGCGAUAGCGUACAGCAGUGGGCACGACUGCCUGGUCAUCCGAGCCUGGUUCCCAUGGAGAUCGCACUCCUGGUGCAGCUGGGAAGUGGGCCAGGAGCGGGGCCCUCUCACCGUGGCAUCAUCCGGAUGCUGGAUUGGUUUGAGGUGCCAGCACGUGGUGCUGUGGAGGAGCCUGUUGGAGACAUUCCCUUUCAGCGAGACAGGGACAUUGUCCGGGUUAACCUCAGUUUCACUAAGAGCGUCUCUGAAGAGUGCCGGUCUCUGAUUGGCUGGUGCCUUGCCCACCACCCUAAAGACCGUCCCACGCUGGAGCAGAUCCUGCUGCAUCCGUGGAUGACCGAGGGUGCGGAGGACACUGGAGACUUGAAAGUUGCGCCGGGCCUUUAAACUGGACUGAGGAUG